AUGAGCACAACUUGGGCCAGCUGGCAAGCUUGCUUUCAGACUUCAAAAGCAGAUCUUGUCGUCGAUGACAGCGUUACUUCCGCGGAAGCCCGACACAUGGACCUUUCUUCGUCAUCCUCAUUUGACCAUGACAUGCCACAAUUCGCACCGUACAAUAGAACGCUCUCUCAGUCUUCGAUGCCAUCGUUAUUGGAAUCCACCAGCACUAUGAGUUUCGAUGAGUUCUUGAAGAUUGCUUUCCCACAGGAACAAGAACCAAUAGCUGCAUCUUUGCAAGCGCCUCCGUCUUGUUGUGAGCCAGACCGAGCCAGCGCCAAGAAGAAGCGCAAGGCUUCUGUCACCACCGAAAUACUAUCAUUUCUUCGCGAAGAGUUCUUCCAAGAUGCUAUUGCGCCUGCGAGACCUCACCAAAGACUGCGUACCAUCUACCGAUAG